UGCAGCUCGUCAACAAUUGCUAGCUAUCGUUUCAUAUCAGCUGUGGCUGUCGGCGGCUGAGUGGAGGAUCCUCUGGCUGUGUGUCACCUCGUCUCCAGGUGUGUAAAUCAGCAGUAUGGCCACGGCACAGUCGGCGUUGCUCCUCGCGGUGCAUAUCUUGAUGAUCUCCGAGUUCAUCCUGGCCAAGAGGGACUACUACGACAUACUGGGGGUGCCCAAAGAUGCCACCGACCGCCUGAUCAAAAAGGCUUUCCACAAGCUGGCCCUGAAGUACCACCCUGACAGAAACAAGGGCCCCGACGCUGAGGCCAAGUUCAGGGAGAUGGCAGAGGCAUACGAGACGCUAUCGGAUGAUAAGAGGAGGCGAGAGUAUGACCAGUUUGGCCACGGCCCGUUGCCAGGAGAGGGUCAUAGAGGAGGAGGAGGAGGAGGCAACUACAACUUCAACCAGCACUACCAGUCCUUUAACUUUGACGACAUUUUUAAAGACGCUGACACUUUCGGUCAACAACAGCGACACCACUUUCACUCCCAAAAUCAAGCUCACCAAAACAGACACUUCGACAGACACUUCCAGGCCCACAGAGAAGCGAUGGACAGACAGAAGAGACCGCUUCAGGACGGGGCCUUCGGCGGGGGACUCUUUAAUGGCAUGUUUGAGGACUUGGAGAAGAUGUUCUCCGUUAACGCGCACGGCUCCAGGUUCCAUGGCUCGGGGAAGCAGCACUGCAGGACAGUGACCCAGCGGAGGGGCAACAUGGUGACCACCUUCACUGACUGCUCCUGAGAAUGGGCAGUAAACGUUUCCCUGCACUGCACAGCCUCCUGGGACACUCCAGGGUUUUUCUGUUGCGGUUUUGGAAUUGAAUGCUAAUUUAUCACUCGGUGGAAUAGAGCAUGUCGCGUGGCUUUUUUAAUUUUCUCAUGUCAUUUUCCCAGAACAAAUAUCCAAGUUGACCUGAUAAAGGGGCUGCUUCCAAGCAAUAACUCGCUCACUUACUUUAUUGCUCACAGGACAGUGCUUUAUUUAGCUUUCCAGGAAAAUUUUGUUUCCUCGUGAUGGUACAAUCUAGUCUUGGGUAUGGUCUCAGGUUAAGAUGGUUUAAUUUAAAAAUAUUAAGUGUUCUCCUGAGUGCAAUACGAUUCAUCAACGCAACAGAGACAUUCGUUCUACAGCUAAUCCACACUAUUAGUAUUAUUAUUAUGAAUGAGCCCUUUGCUAAUGUAAAACCAGCCUCAUCCAAGCAUAGUGUACCCAGAACUUGCUUUUUCUCGGUUUUUAAUAGUUAUCUUAAGGAUUGCAAAAAAAAUAGCUUACCUUUCACAAAUGUAUUGCAUCAAAUACACGCUUCACAUCCUGAGCUGUGUAGGUUGGCCAUCAUCAACUUUUACCUCGUUUUAUCUACCUUCCCAUGGAAAUUAAUAUCAGUCCCAUGACGAAUGCUGGUGAACCGGUGUUUGUGUACUCGCUCACAGCGGCUUUGAAACCAGUUGUUUUGAUGGUUACAAAAGCCAUCUCCCAGUGAAGCUGAAGGGUCUGAGAAGUUUCCUGAACUGAUCAUAAUGUGCAAUAUUUAGCACCGUUGCUCUUCAUGUUGCCUAUCUGUCAUAGACGGUGCUUUGUAAAUGUCAGUCUUAUGUUCACACUUUGUGUGUGUUCCGAGUGUGUGUGUGUGUGGCCUGAAUCUGUUUGAUUGGAGAAUGAAUACAACAUUUCACAAGCAAGUCUGUUUUGUAUUGGUGGGUGGGGGCGGGGAGUGUAAAAUGUUUUCAAGUAAGUAAUUGGACUCGCUCAUAAAUACGACGUAUUGUUUCUACUAAUAUUAAUCACAACGUAAAUAUU